AUGAUGUACGGAUCGGAGACUUGGGCAGCACCAUCAACGGUUAUGGAGAGACUUGACUGCACGGAACGAAAGCUGCUUAGACGGCUACUUGGCUACUUUUGGCCUAGGGUAUGUCACAAUAAAGAUCUUUACGCAGAAAUUUAUGUGGUAUAUCGGAGACCGGUAGAUCGGCUUGUUCAACGAGUUCUAAGGAGUUCGUCGGGUUCGAGCUGGAAGAAGCCACCUGGCCGAAAACGGAAGUUCUGGACUGAGGCGGUGAAAGAGGACCUAAGGACACUCGGCGUGGAUAGGCAGUUCAGGUAUCGAAUAUGUCGUACGCUACCGUAUAUUCUGGCGUUGCUCGCAAUUUGCACGAUGUACUCUUUGACAGUGGUUAUACCAGGAUGGAUAUUUGCAGAUAGUGCGCAAAUUGCCUUCUGCAAUCCACCGCUUGGAAAAUCAAAUGCUUGUCAAGAACUACGCAAAGUCAUUCGACGGUUAAAGGUUAUUAUGAUUGUUUUUGUGUUAUCAUGGUUCUUUUGUAUACUUGGUGUUGAUGUUGGUUACGCCAUGCAAUUUACGCCAGUUACUCUUUCUGUAUGGCAGAGUAAUAUGUUGGAAUCUGUUGAUCAAUGCUCUCACAGUAACGUGCUAGAGUCGGGUGAAAACAACAUGAAACUCGGUAGAAUAGGAAGGCGCCUUCGAUCGAAGCAUCAGGGUGGAUCUAGCGGCUGGGACAGAGGUAUUCUUUGCUCUGUUGUGUUACACACAAACAUUCUACGUUUGCAUCUGGCGUUCACAAGAUUAUCGAGCAGCGUUCAUCGAGCAGUGGUACCUUAUGACUUGCCAGGCGGGGAAAAGCAUUCGCUAUGCCCGUCGAGACUUCGCCAGUUGCAAGACGAGGAUGACUGCUCUCCAGAACCCGAAGGGAGCAGCCAUUGUAUAGAGAAGGGGAAUGAAAAAGUACGACUGACCGCGUACACAAUUUCACACCUCAUAGAAAUAUCGCGAGAGUACAAGGUGCCGUUGCGUCUCACUUCCAUCGAUUUGAAAAAAGCAUUUGAUACAGUUGAGACCGAAGCGGCCAUGGAGGCCUUGGAAAACCAAGGCGUCCCUACUCCAUACAUAAAGAAAGGGCUCCGUCAGACUGACACAAUUUCACCCAAAAUUUUCGGUGCCACUCUCGAGAACGCGAUGCAAGGAUUGGAAUGGAAUAACAUGGGAGUGGAAACAUCAAGCAUCAGUCAAGCGGAACUGAUGCUACCCGAAUUCGAUGAAACGUGUAAAAAGAUCGGUCUUCAGCUGGACCUAGACAAGAAGAUGUUAUUGAGAAAAGGAUGGGUUUCUGACGCCCCAUUCACGCUCAACGGCACGAAUAUAUCUGAAUGCUUCAGCUAUGUAUAUCUAGAAACGUGGACGUUUCGCAAGCAGGAGGAAAAUGUGAUCAGCGUCAUAGAACGUGGAACUGAAAUGGUAAUGUUAGGAGUAAGUUGCUUUACGCAAGUGGAGGAAAGGAUUCGAAGUGCACUCCUACGUCACCGAUUGAAGAUCAUAGACGCUGCCACAUAUGCCAAGGAAAGCAAAAUGAGAUACUUUGCAUCUCAGUGUUGUACUGAGCUGCUACAGCAACUACAGAACUCACGUCAGCUCAUCCUCAUGGCAACGUUGGAAGUCGUCAAAUAUACUGUUGCAACAGAAAUAUUUGUAUUCAAUGUGACGAAGGAAGCGGUAUUUCCGGCUAAGCUCUAUGACCAUCGACACGAUCUAGAUGUGCUUACUGCACCUGAACACCUGGCGGAAUCCAUCUUGUUCUUGGAGCUGGGCUUCGUACAGCGUCCUAGAUAUGCGCGUGAGGACGAUCUUAGUCAAUGCUCAGCAAGCAGGCAAGCAAGCAGCGGAGAGCUUGUUAACGCCACCUUUCUGCUUACAGUUGAUACAGUUAUGCGAAAAAAGUGUUAUUAUCUUAUUGUCCCGUAUAUUUUUGCAAUAAGCCAGCAAGCCAUCAUGACUCUUGUCAUUGCCGUUGAUUUACUUCUUGCUUUAUUAUUUCCUGUGUGGUAUCGAAUAUGUCGUACGCUACCGUAUAUUCUGGCGUUGCUCGCAAUUUGCACGAUGUACUCUUUGACAGUGGUUAUACCAGGAUGGAUAUUUGCAGAUAGUGCGCAAAUUGCCUUCUGCAAUCCACCUCUUGGAAAAUCAAAUGCUUGUCUAGAACUACGCAAAGUUAUUCGACGUUUAAAGGUUAUUAUGAUUGUUUUUGUUUUGUCAUGGUUCGUGAGUAUACUUGGUGUUGAUGUUGGUUACGUCAUGCAUUUUACGCCAGCUACUCUUUCUGUAUGGCAGAGUAAUAUGGUAUUCUUUGCUCUACUUUGUUACACACAAACAUUCUACGUUUGUAUCUGGCGAUCGCAAGAGUACCGAGCAGCGUUCAUUGAACAGUUGUACUUAAUGAGUUGCCGCAAGCCAAAACCGAGUGUUGAAGCGACGGUUUUCAAUUCUCAUGCAUCGAAAGUCUUCAAGUCGCCCUCCAAUGAUCCCAAAUAA